AUGGAAUCUCAAAGUAUAGAAGAGCUCUUCGAAGCUCUUAAGAAGACUAAAACAUCUCCAGAUUCCUCAAGCAUAGAUCAAUCAGGUGAAAAAAAACAAGACUUUGACAAGGAUGUCUUAGAAUUUGAUGAGGACUCCACAAUUGCUAAACAGCAGGAAACAUUCAAGGAGAUAGAGGAUAAGUUGCGCGCUUUGCCACGCAUGCAGACCAAAUUUGACGCUCUCUCUAAUAGUACUGAAGCUAAGGAGGCUCCUAAAGUGGAGGAUGCUGUGGAGAUUCUGCAGAUGCGCAAGAAAGACAAGACCGUGAAAAAGCCCUCUGUCACAGAGCAAUGGUUCACACUACCCAAACCGGAACUUACGAGGGAGCUAAAGCGUGAUUUGUUGCUGCUGAAACAUCGUGCUGCUCUAGAUCCAAAACGUCAUUACAAGAAGGAGAAAUGGACUGCACCAGAGAGAUUUGCUGUGGGCACUAUUGUUGAGGACAAGACAGAGUUUUUCAGCAGCCGUUUGACAAACAAGCAGCGCAAGGAAACAAUCAUGGGUACGUUGAUGGCUGACGACGACACUAACAAGUAUUUCAAAAGAAAGUAUACGGAAGUUCAGGAAAAGAAGACUAGUGGCCGCAAGGGCCAUUAUCGGAAGGUGACCGAAAAGAGGAGAAGAAUUUAA